AUGACCAUGUACCACAGCGGCAACGACGAUUCCGAGGCCACUCUGGCAUACAUACCCCAAGCUCUCUCGUACCACUUCAGCCGAGAUUCAGCCACCAACACGGCGCUAACGUGUCGCGACAGCCAGUACGGCUACAUGGUCUCGACGUCCGCGAAAACAGGAAAGACGGACAUAUGUAGGGUGGAUACACAGGCAAAAAUAGCGAGCAUCGACAUCCGAGUCAUGCUACCAGAUCUUGUGUGGUUUCCGUCGAGAUGUGGGUCGAAGCCAGUGAAGAUACGGAGCUGGCUGAACGACGUUGGCGGCAAAACACGGGCGACAUUCACUGAUAGGGGCAAGCGGGCUAUUGCGAGCAUGCAGACGACACUGGGGAGUUGUAUGUGGAUAUCAGAUCAGUCAUAUCGCUUAGCACUCGUGGAGGAAGCCAGCGACCGCAACGAGCCAAUAGCUUAUAUCUCGCAUCCAGAAUCCAGAUCAACACCUAUACUUGUCGUCAACAUCAGGGCGGCUGGGAUUGUGGAUGAGAUCGUUGUGGCAUCGAUCAUUCUGGAACAAAAGCUCCGCCUCAAGGAGCAGUCAGAAUGGAUGGCCUUGGAAUCUGGUGACGGAUACCAGUACGCGCUUUGUGCUCUAGCUCUGGGUUGA